AGCCUAGCAAAUUCUCCCGGAACUUUUCGGUCAUGGCCCACUUAAGUGCAAAAAACUCUGGCUUCAUAAAGCUAUAGUUUGCCAUAAUGCGCUCAGUGAGCCUCAACCUCCAAUUAGCAUAAGCUAUUGGUCGGACCUGCCCUCCCUGCUUCUGAGACAGUACUGCACCCAGCCCACCAUGACUUGCGUCCUCCUCUAGGAUGAAAGGAAGGAUGAAGUCUGCAUAGGCCAACACAGGGUAUGUCAUUAGCUGGUUUUUAAGACCCUCAAAGCUGUCUUGACACAGCUGAGUACAGUGCUGCUCGCCUGUUUUCUGACAUGCAUUCCCUCUUGUUUUUACACUUCCCCGCUCUGCAACUAACCCCCCAAAUUCCACUACCUCCGCUCCGCUCCGGCACGAACUCCGGAGCAAAAUCCGUCCCGUUGUAGUCAAUCAGAGCAAUUCCACCACUGCGGCCGUGCUCCGGCAGUGCGGCGCAGUGCGUCGCCCUCUGUUCCGGCGUCCGGCAAAAAUAGAAUCGAUCCUAUUUUUGCCGGAGCACCUCCGCAGUCAAUGGACAGGAAUCACAACCGCCCAACAGGAAAAGGAGCAAGCAUCACUUCCGUUUUUCACAAUAAAUCGAUAAACAAAAGGCGUUUUUUGUUUCAUAUGCACAGGUUUAACAACUUUUAACAACUAUCAAUGGCGGUUGAACUUUAAAUGCACAAAAGUAAGCCAUAAAUACAGUUUCCACUAUCAAAGUAGUCUCACUUUGUUGAUCCAAACACUGCUGAUCUCUCAACACAAAUGAUGGGCAGAUUAAACAGUUCAUUUCGAUGCUUCUCCCACACAACGGGUGUUUGGAUCUAACUUCCGCGUUUAUUGCUCGGACUGUAUCGCAAGAUCUCGAAAAUCCCGCGCAUGCUUGUUUGCCCACCUCAGGUCUCCGCACCGGAGCGGAGCCGUUGUAGAGCGGGUACCAAGAAAAAUUGAGUUCGGAAGCGAGCGGCUGUGGAAGGCGGGGGCGGAGCAGAGCGGAGGUAGUGGAAUUUGGGGGUAACCUGUGGAGCAGGGCAGCCAAACGGGCAAAGCCUUCCACAAACCACCAGUGGUAGCUGCUAUAACCUAAAAACGACCACAACUUGGACACCGUAGUUGGGGCUGGCCAUUUUGCCACCACUUACACCUUAUGUGGGUCUGUGGAGACACCCCUGUCAGAGAUCACAUGCCCCAAGUAGUGCACCUCCUGCUGGAAGAACGCAAACUUGGGGAGCUGCACCUUAAGGCCCUCUCUCUGUAGCCACUCUGACACCACUUCCAACCUAUCCAAAUGCUGCUUGAUGGUGGAUGAAAACUCAAUAAUGUCAUACAAAUACAACAGUAAAGAUGACACUUCUGGUCUCCAAAAAAACCUGCAUGUUGGAAGAUGCUGGAGUCAUUACAGAGACCGAAAGGCAUUCGGUUCCAUUCAAACCGCUCAAAGGGGGUACAAAAUGCAGUUUUGGAAUGUUGUGCCCAGAGCUGAGGAAAAUAAUCAAAUCAUCGAUGCAUCGAGACAUAAACUAUUCUGCAUCGUGGAAGAGUACACCAUAAUCGAUUAUAGUGGAAUGUAGUAUUGUUUUUUUAACGGCGGCGUCAGCGCAGCAUCCAAACCUGUCAGAGUAAGUGUCCUCCACAUUUACCAAGAAUUGUUCCGCCUUUAUGUGGUUCUGCAGGGCUGAGCGCUGGAGUUGUAACCUGAGACCGAACCGGAAAUUUGUUGUUGAAUGUUAAUAGUGUUGAUAUACUACACAACUACUUAGUCGUGUAAUUAAGGUGACAGCAAAAAAAGAAGAGUUCACUGACCUGAAUCGAUAUAUUAAAUCAAAUCUAAUCAAAUUGCGAUAAUCAAUUUUAAUGCUUGAGAAUUGGAAUCAAAUUGAUUCUUGAAAUUUGAAUCAAUACCCAGCUCUAGUUCUUACUAUCGCUCUUCUUUUUCAGACCUAGACAGAAAUGAAGAACAGAGGUGGUGGCGGGCUAGACAUGCGCCUUAAACAGAGAGUGGAGCAGUAUCUGGCUUCCAGUAGUUUGGAAUUUGUUGACCUUUCAACUCUGGCCCUGGACCUUCAGAAACAAUAUAGGACCGAUUAUGGAAGACGAAACAGGACGGCGUUCAGAAUUCAGGUAGAGAAAGUGUACAAAGCGGUCAAGGAGGAGUCUGAGGUCAACGACCUGGAGAGUAAACACUUAGCUAAACGAGCUAAGAGCAGCCACAAUGACACUGGUGAUGGCAGCAGCACUUCAGCAGAAUCUUCUGACCCUGAAGAAGACCACAUUCCAAGCAACACUUCCAACAGUUUUCUUACAUCCCUGUAUCAAAAGGGACGUUCUGGUCUAAGCAGUCUACCCAGCAGAUCACCCCCCACCCCAGAUCCCAGUACACUGGUGUCCUCUGGAGGCUUCUUCAUUGAUAAAGGCAAAGGCCCCAUGAGGAGCAGCAUGCUCAUAGACCUUUGUGAAGAGGAGUCUGAUAGCAAAGGCCCACCUGAAGGUGCCUCUGCUCUGCAGCCUGAGAAAUGUCUCAAAGAGUCUCGGAAAAGGACAAAGAGCUCUGCAAAACCAGUGGAGUUCCACAGCCUGAACAGAAAAAAUACAACCAUAUUCCCAGAACUGCAGUACCCCACGGUGAAAUUUGAAGAUGUGGGAGGAAAUGAAGAGACCUUAAAGGAGGUGUGUAAGAUGCUGAUCCAUAUGCGCCACCCUGAGGUGUACCAGCACCUGGGGAUAGUUCCUCCUAGGGGCUUUCUCCUCCAUGGGCCUCCUGGUUGUGGAAAAACCCUCAUGGCUCAAGCUGUAGCUGGGGAGCUGCAGCUACCCAUGUUGAAGGUCUCUGCUCCAGAGCUUGUGUCCGGAGUGUCGGGGGAGUCUGAACAGAAGCUGCGGGAGCUCUUUGACCUGGCUGUGAGCUCCAGUCCCUGUAUCCUGUUCAUAGAUGAAAUAGAUGCCAUCACCCCUAAAAGAGAAACAGCUUCUAAAGACAUGGAAAGAAGAAUGGUGGCCCAGCUUUUGACUUGCAUGGAUGACUUAAACAGUUUGACCAUGACGACCCAGAUUCUGGUAAUCGGGGCCACCAACAGGCCAGACUCCCUAGACCCCGCACUUCGCAGGGCCGGGCGCUUUGACCGAGAAAUCUGUCUGGGUAUCCCUGAUGAGGCUGCUCGUCUCAGGAUCUUAAGAACAUUGUGUCGAAAGCUGGUGCUGCCAGAAGAUUUUGACUACCAGCAGCUGGCUCGGCUUACUCCAGGCUACGUAGGAGCUGAUCUCAUGGCUCUCUGUCGUGAAGCUGCCAUGGCUGCUGUCAACAGGGUUCUCCUGAAAGCAAGGGAACCUCUUCAGGAACAAGCCCAGAACUGCACUCCAGGCCUGACGGGAAGUGGGGAACAAAUGGUGGCUGAUAUGAACCACCAUCAGCAGGGUGAGCUGUGGAUAUUGGUGAACCUACUGAAAACCACAGAGACACUGUCAGAGCCAGAGCUGGUCAGCCUGUCCAUCCUCAUGUCGGACUUUCAGGAAGCUCUAACCCAUGUCCAGCCUUCAGCUAAAAGAGAGGGCUUUGCCACCAUUCCAGAUGUCACCUGGGAGAAUGUGGGAGCACUUCAGGAGAUUAGAGAGGAGCUCACCAUGGCCAUAUUGGGCCCAGUGCGUUCUCCACAGCACUUCAAAGCUCUGGGUCUGACUGCUCCAUCAGGGGUUCUGCUGGCUGGACCUCCAGGAUGUGGGAAAACACUGCUGGCCAAGGCCGUGGCGAACGAGUCUGGGCUAAAUUUCAUCUCUGUCAAGGGUCCAGAGUUGCUCAACAUGUAUGUGGGAGAAAGCGAGCGUGCUGUCAGACAAGUCUUCCAGCGAGGACGUAACUCUGCUCCAUGUGUCAUCUUCUUUGAUGAGAUUGAUGCACUGUGUCCUCGCCGUUCGGGCCACGAUUCAGGAGCCAGCGUUCGGGUUGUCAACCAGCUACUCACGGAGAUGGAUGGCUUAGAGGGUCGACAACAGGUUUUCAUCAUGGCUGCAACCAACAGACCAGAUAUCAUUGACCCAGCCGUACUGAGACCAGGGCGUCUGGAUAAAACCUUGUAUGUGGGGCUGCCAGGUCCAGCAGACCGCCUCUCCAUCCUGCUCACCAUAACUAAGGGAGGCAGCAAACCUCGGCUGGAGCCAGAUGUCAGUCUGGAGGACAUUGCUUUUGAUGAACGCUGUAACUGCUUCUCUGGAGCUGAUCUGACGGCUUUAGUGAGGGAGGCGUCCGUAAACACCCUGAGGGUAUUCCUGAAGACCAGUCAUAAUGGUGCCACGCAUCCCACUGGGUCAACAGCUGAUGUCAGAGUUGGUAAACAGAACUUUGAGGAGGCCUUUAAGAAGAUCCGUCCAUCUGUGUCCAAAAAGGUAAGAAUAUGUCAUCACUGUGGGACAAAAAACCUAAACACUCUUCUGUUAUGCAACACUUUUUGAGAUUUACAAGAAUUUUGUUAGAACCUUUUUAAAAAUAUUCUGGAUAACAGCUGCCAUCUAUCUAUGUAGUCCAUGGGGCUGAAUGUGAAGCUAAACCCGACUUUGCUUUACAAGACGACUAGCUAGGAUGUUAGCUCCGCUAACUACAGGCAAACCAGAUUUAAAAUGCAUGCAAACUCAGGAGAAAGAAGACAUGAUGCUUGUCUGUUUACAACAUCCUGCUUGUUGACUGGGACCUCCCAGGUGAGCUGGGCUGGCUCUAAACUCUCCUCGUUUACCAAAGCAGAGCAGUCAGGCCACCUCCAGGGAAACCUCAGGGCUUUUCUAGAAUAGUGGUUUUACUGGGACGAUUAGCCUUUAUGAUGGUCCCAGUGAGGCUGAACAUCGGUUUGGAUCUACCUGAGUGAAAUGGUAUUGAAGCUUCAAUCUGGAGUAUUUUUUAUCCAACGGCACAAUCUAGUGACUGACAGAUCUACUGAAUUUCAAAAAAUGCUAUCAUGUGAUCGUCAAAGCUGUGGUUUUUGUAGCACCCCUGACUGACCCAGGAUCAGUUGUCAGUUAUUUUAGACAUCUGGGGUAAUUAUAUAAUGAACUGAAAUAAUUUUCUGAACAAUUCUUUUGGUAUCUUUUUUGAGCAGAGGGGCCCACCUUGCCUGCUGGUGGUGGUCAGAAGGACCAGUGUUUCAGUCUCACUUGUCUGUGCGCCCCAGGCAGCUGUAGCUACACUGUAGCUCAUCAUCACCAGAUCAGCUAAAAGCACUUGGAAAAUGUGUAUUGGUUAAAGCGAAUGCGUCACGUACAACACCUGCUCAUGUUCCAGGUUCAAAAAUGGGUUUAGAUGGUUAAAUAUAUGCUGACUUUGUCAAUCACCUGUACACUGACUACUUGUUUCCUAUUCAGGAUCAGCUGAUGUACGAGCAGCUCAGAGAGUCCCUCAGCAGAUGACCAAACUAAAAUCUACACGUGGAACCACUUUGGUUUUUGCAGUUCAGUGUGAAAAUAAAUCAUAAAACGUGCUCAUUAAAGCUGUUGCUGAGCUACCAGGAUCCAGCUCUUCUCCAUCAGCGAUGUGCAGAUCCGAGUCGGCUCCAGGACCAGAAGUUAUUUAGCUGUGUGUGACAGACCUGAAGCUACCUGCUCACACACGCCAUCUCUCCUUUCAGACAGAUGCUGGACUUGUGAUUUUUAUACCAUUUGAGUAGCAAAUGUUUGGUGUGUUAAACUUUAUUUUAAGAGUGGGAGUUCUUGGUUGUGUCUGAUAAGUGAUUUAAUGAUCCAACUGUGGAAAUGCCUGUGGUCCUGUUACCUUUACUUCCUUCUGAGUUUACAAUGGUGAAUAAAAGCAGUGAACAAGCCAAACACCAACAUGUGCUAACAUAGGCAGUAAUUUCCAAGCACAUUUGUUAAAAGCCAUCAUUUGUUAAAUAAAGACAUGUUUCCUCUCAAACAAAAUUAUAAUUUGGUUGUGGAAUUUGGGUUACAGCUGACAAAAAUAAUCUGACAUUUCACAAGUUUAUCACUAUUUAAGCUGAAAGAACAGUAACUCGUGAAUGCUACGGAUUUCUCUGACGUCCUCCCUGACUUUGUCUAGACCAGGGUGGGGAAUCCUGGUCCUUUGAAGGCCUGCAGUAAUGGAAGUCCUGCAUGUUUUUGUUGUUUCCCUGUUCCAACACACCUGAUUUUAAUCAGUAGGUGAUUAGCAGAAUUCAGGUUAUACAAUCAGAAUUGUUGGAGCAGAGAAAUAACAAAAACAUGCUACUGUAUGUACAUAGAGAUCCAGAGUUCCCUGGUCUAGACUGCUGAUCUCUCUAUCAUUCCACCAUCUGAAUAAUUUUAGUAGCUGAACAUUUGCAGAAACUUUCAACUGUUAGAGGGGUAAGCAGGACUGUGGUCGAGUCCAGCAGUGUUGGUACCAGGAGGCUGAACAAAAUUACUCUUCUUUAACUUCUCCCUUUAACUUUCUCUUGAUGCGGGAGUAUGGGCUCAACGUGUCAUCCAUGAUGAAGUCAUACAGGACCCUGGACCAGGAGCUGUACUGAGGCAGGUCGUCGUAAUAUUCUGCUGCUAUUUGCUUCACCUAAAAAAAAAGAGAAAUUGACUGUAAAUACAGUGGCUUGUUUCAGACAGAUAGGAAAACUAAAUAUGAGGCCUAAACUACUCACACAGAUCUGUGCAUAUUUGGUGUAGGAACAAUUUUACGCAUUGUUCGGUAUUUAGCAUCUUGUACUGCAUAGAAAUGUUUUCAAAUAAAAAAUUGCAAUACUAAA